AUGGGCGUCGAGUGUGCGAACGGGAAGUGUCAAUCGUGGAUCGAUGAUGAGCUGGAUGCCAUGGGCGAAGCCGGCGCGCACAUCCCGCGACCGGGCGGGUGCUGCGAAGAAGAUGCGAAGAAGCAGAGAGAGGCGGCGACGAUGUUGCGAGAGUUGCGCGCGGUCGAUCGAUCGGUGGAGCGAAUCAAGCUCGCUGAAUCGAUCGUGAAGGAGGGCGCGCGCGAUGAGGACGAGCAUGAUGACGAUUGGGCUGCGACGGACGAUGAUGAGGAUGAGGACGCGUUCUUGCGCGAGCUCAAGGCGAGACGCUUGCGCGAGCUCAAGGGCGCGGCGGCGAACGCCGCGGCGGAAGCUCGCAGGGCUAGGUACACCGAGAUUAAGGAGACCGCGCUGGGGGAGACGCUCCGGGCGAGCUCGAGGGUGGUGGCGCACGUAGUGUUAGAGGGGGCGGAGCAGUGCGCGCGCAUCGACGAGGUGUGCGAUGACCUUGCACCGGCUUUUCCGAAGACGAAAUUCGUGCGGAUUCGACCGAGCGUGGAUGCGUCGGUGAUGAAAAAAAUUGGCGUUGUGGCGUUACCGGCGGUCUUGAUAUUCCAUCGUGGAAGACUCGCGCAUGCGAGCUGCGCGCUUGAGGAGUUCGGUGGCGCGGACGACUUUGAUGAGGAGCGCGUCACGCGCUGGUUAGCGCAGCGUGACGCGCUUCCAGGACACCCACUCGCGGGUACAGAGAAAAUAAUGGAUAGCAACGCGUCAUCGGACGAGAACGAGAGCGACGAUGAAGUCUUUGGCAUGAAUAAACCGUGCGAACAAUGCGGUCGCACGUACCCGCACAAGCACAUUAGAGCUCUUCGUCCGGGUGAGUCCAUGCAUCGACGGGAGAACAAUUCAGACGAUGACGACGACGAUGACUUUUGA